AAACAACACACCAUAGUCCACAAGGCGCGCCCGCGUCUACACUCGCACUAAUAAAAGCAGCAGAUGCUCGCUACCCUAAACGCCUACCUUGUGCGCUUUACUGCUCCAUUUACUCCCGCAGAGAGAGAAGGGAGAUAAUGGCCGCCGGCGAGAGAAACGAGUCUUCGGCGGCGGCGGCGGCGCCAUUGCUGGCAGCAGCGAGGGAGAGGAAGCUCUGCAAGGAGGGGUGCCCAGGGUGCAGGCUGGACGAGAUCAACAAGAGCAAGACCGGCAUCCCCUACCUCAACUUCUUCUACGUGUGGGUCGUCUGUCUCUGCGCCGCUCUACCGAUCCAGUCACUGUUUCCCUAUCUAUACUUCAUGAUUAGGGACUUGGAAGUCGCAAAGCAAGAGCAAGACAUUGGGUUCUAUGCUGGUUUUGUUGGGGCUGCUUAUUUCCUUGGAAGAACCAUCAGUGCUGUGCCAUGGGGCAUUUUUGCUGACAAAUAUGGGAGGAAGCCUUGCAUUGUUAUCAGUAUCCUCUCAGUGAUCGUAUUUAACACCCUUUUCGGCCUUAGCACGACUUACUGGAUGGCAAUUGUAACUAGGGGGCUACUUGGGUUACUCUGUGGUAUAUUAGGACCAAUCAAGGCCUAUGCUUCAGAAGUCUGCAGAAAAGAGCACCAAGCACUAGGAAUUUCUCUUGUUACAUCUUCACGAGCAAUAGCUCUUGUUAUUGGACCAGCCAUUGGAGGAUUUCUUGCACAGCCUGCAAAGAAGUACCCGAAUCUUUUCUCUGAGGAAUCCAUAUUUGGAAGGUUUCCAUACUUCCUCCCUUGCUUCGUCAUAUCGGUUCUAGCGGCAGGAGCAUGUCUUGCAUGCAUUUGGCUGCCGGAAACUCUGCACAUGUACCAUGAUGACAAAGUGGAAGCUAUUGAGGAAAUGGAGGCGCAAGUUGCUGAUUCGACCUCAGAAGACAGGAAAGCUAAACAAUCUGGAUCAUGCAGAAUGGCAUCCACAAAGAACCUGCUAAAGAACUGGCAGUUGAUGUCAGCAAUAACCCUCUACUGUGUGUUUUCUCUCCAUGAUACAGCUUAUCUUGAGAUAUUUUCACUCUGGGCUGUGAGCAGCAGAAAAUACCGGGGACUGAGUUUUACAUCUCAGGAGGUUGGUACCGUGCUAGCUAUCUCAGGUUUUGGUGUUUUGGUAUAUCAACUUCUGAUCUACCCGUUCCUUGCCAAGUAUGCUGGGCUAGUCAAGCCAUUCCGUUCUGCAGCGGUAUUAUCUAUACUUCUCCUUGCAACAUAUCCAUUCAUGGCUAACCUAUAUGGUGUGGAGCUCAAAGUACUCAUCAACAUAGCCUCGCUUCUUAAGAAUAUGUUUGCGGCUACGAUUACUAUUGCCUGCAACAUUCUGCAGAACACAGCGGUGGCACAAGAACAAAGGGGUGUCGCAAAUGGUAUAUCUGUGACUCUGAUGUCAAUCUUCAAAGCAGUAGCCCCAGCAGCAGCAGGAAUUAUGUUUUCAUGGGCUCAGAAAAACAUAACUGGAUUGUUCAUACCAGGUGAUCAGAUCCUGUUCUGGAUGCUGAACAUGGUGUCAGUAAUCGGGCUCUCAUUGACGUUCAAGCCAUUUUUCUCUAUGCCGAGUGCGCUGAAAUGAUGAGCACACAAUUAUGUUCAUCUAGCUAGUUAAGUAAAGUUAGGGACACACCACAGUUUGCAGCCCUGGAUAAAAAAAACUGGUCGUGUAUUGUGUCACAUAUAUUUUUCAUAUUUUUUUUGUUGUGUGAUCAGAUGUGGCAAGUAUCUUCUUUUUUUUGUCAAAACUCCUACGCACAAGGUGCUUUGGUUUAUGACUCGUUCCUGGUAAGAAGACCAAUAUUGUUUUGGUGGAUUGUUAAUCUAAGAGUUUCAUAUGUA